UCGGCGGCAAGAUCAGAGGACCUUUAGGAACCGGCUCAAGUUUGAAGAAGACGACGACGAAGAAGAAAGCGGACAGAGGGAAAGAGCGAGUGAGGGAGGGAGUGAAUGAAGGGUGGUAAGAAAAGAGUAAAAGAGAGACAGAGGGGGAGGCAAGGUGUGUAGAAGAGAGGAGAGAAGAGAGGAGACAGACAGGUUUGACAGCCGUAAGACUGGUCCAUUAAUCCAUGACCAUGGUCAACUAGAGUGGACCAGCAUCACACCUGGUGCCCACCUCAGCACCUGACUUGACUGCCGGGACUGGACUGGACUGACCCAGAGCGACCGUGAGCUUGACCCUUGGCACAGCGACCUUGUCCUUGACCUUGACACCACACAGCACAGCAGCAAGAAAGGGAGGCGGAGGUCAUCGAGACUCUGGAAGCAUCACCUCUCUUGAGCUGACGUUGUUCUCUUUUUUUUGCUCGUGACCAUCAGCAGCAGGAUGUUUCCCGUGAAGCAGCCCUGGCUCUGCAAAGCCUUAGGUUGCUACGACUGCUGCGUGCGAUGCCUGGGGUCGGUGCCCUACGCCAGCCUGGCCGCCACCCUGCUGCUCUACGCGGGCACGGCGCUCUUCUGUGCCAGUGCCCACCAGGCGCUGGCCCAGACCGAGGUGCUGGUGGAGAUGCACUUUGCCCGCAACAUUCAGGACUACACUCUCCUGGCGUCGUUUAUAACAUACUUCCAGUUUGUUCUGUACGGGCUGGCCGCCUUCUUCUUCCUGUUCGGGGUCAUGCUGCUGGCUGAGGGCUUCUACACCACCAGCGCUGUCAAGCAGAAGUUUGGAGAGUUCAGAAGCACACAGUGUGGCAGAGGCUUGAGUCUGACGUUUGUCAUAUUGACGUACGUCCUGGCCAUCAUUUGGCUGUGUGUGUUCGCCCUGGCCGGCAUCCCGGUCUACUUCUUCUACAACAUGGAAGACACCUGCUACACCAUCAACAUCCUGUCCGAGACCACCACCAGCAUCAACCAGCAUGCCUGGGUCUGCAUGGACGCCAGGCAGUAUAGUUUACUUCCCUGGCACGCCAUGCCCGGCAAAGCCUGUGGGCUAACCCUGGCAGCCAUCUGCAAAACCAGUGAGUUCUUCUGGACCUAUGACCUGUACAUCGCCGCCUUCGCCGGGGCAGGGGUGAUGCUGCUGUCACUGUUCCUGUACCUGGUGGCCACUACUUAUAACUAUGCGGUCCUGCGCUUCCUGGGAAGGAAGGCUCUGCGUUGCUAGGUGCCGCGUCCCCAGACACUCCAUCUUGCCGCUGUGCUUUGCUCUUUGUUGUCGGCUGCCGGGGGUCCGUGGGGAAAUCAUAGCCGAGCUUCAUGAAACUCUCCAUUCCUGAAACACCUGCUCACUGGGUACAAGAAGGGGAAAAAAUAGCCAUCGCUGAGCGAGCCCACGUUUGUUUAAAAAAAAAAAAUACAUGUAUGUGUAUGUAUGUUACAUCACAGCAGCCGUGUUUGAAGGACGGGUUACCAAGAAUGCGAAUGUGAUUUGAAAACCAAUACGAUGUGAUCCCAGUGGUGGCAUGCGGUAAUAGGUACCGCUCACUACCACACAGUUCGAGCAUCAGGGCCGAGAGUUGAAUUCAGCUUUGGCUUGCUGUCUAACGUCAGGUCACCAUCCACUCCACACUCUGCUGGUCACGCCAUCGACACCAGUGGGGAGGUUCCUGACCUCAUGUACCGUAUGUGUCGUACUAUUUCCCCAACGCCUGAGUAUUUUCAUGCCUACAGAAUAUCAGGCUUGGACCUCGGAGGUAACCCAAAUGGCGAUAUUUGUCAUAUUGCUGCUGCUGGACUGGUCUCUGCUGUGCUGCUUUUGUAGCCUUGUUUCAUACAAGUGCCCUAUAUAGCCUUGUGUUUGUAUCUUCUGUGUGUAUAUUGUGUGCCCGUGCUACACACCUUCUGCAGUAUGACUGUGGUUUGACUGUUGGUUUGAAACUGACAGUGGUAACAAUUAUUUAACUACAGUGAGUACAUAAUUGCUAUUGCAUUGUCAAAGCACUGUUCAAAGUGACUUUCAGAUAAUGAUGACAAGAAUUGGUGCUACCAUGCGUGCCUCCUCCACUCUGUGUCUCUCUAUCUUUCUUCCUGUCUUUCUCUGCACACGGCUAAUCUUUUUUUGAGUGUAAACUAAGCACAUACAAAAUGGACUGAGAGUUUUGUCCCCGUAAUAAUGUCACAAUAACAAGCACGUAGUGCAACUCUCUCCAAUACAUUUGGUUAAAUAAUUUGAAUAUUUUGAAUUCUCUGACUGGAAGCAUUCAUUUUCUGCUCUAACACACAGACACUAUACAUGGAAAAGGAUGUGCAAGUGCUCACAUGAAUGUCAGUUGACCUGCAAUUAAUAUGGAAUAAAUUUACAAUUUUAUUAAA